AUGGUUUCCAAACAGGAGUUGUACAAUUCGGUCAAAGACUUACCAUUUGCCAAUGAUGAUUUUAGUAGAACGCCGAAAGUCAAAAAUGCUGUAAUCAACUUUAAACUUGCGAAAACAGGGCAGCCUGUUACGCUAUUCAAUAUCCACCAUCACCUGGAAGUCCCCGACUUACUUAUACAAGCCAUGCAAAAAGAGUUUAAUUACAUCAUUGAAGAAGGCCAAACUUAUCCACACAUUACCUCGAAAUCAUUCAAAGAGUUUAAAGAAUAUUGGUUUCAUCACUUCGCAUCCAUCUUAAUUGAAGGGGAACAUAGCUCGCUCACCAAUGAUAGUCUUAGGAACCUAACACUUGAAGAGUGGGAAAAUGCUCUUUUAGGGUUCUUUUACGUGAAACCAAACUAUAUUGGGCGCUGCUCUCACCAUUGUAAUGCAGGCUUCGUAGUGAAUCACACGAAGCGAGGAUUAGGUUUGGGCAAAGAGUUGGGCGCAAAAUAUUUACAAGUAGCACCACAGUUGGGUUAUGUGUACUCUGUGUUUAAUUUGGUGUUUGAAACAAAUGUUGCCAGUUUGAAAAUCUGGGACUCAUUAGGAUUUGAAAGAAUUGGGUAUGUAAAGAAUGUGACAGUUUUGAAAGGUUAUGAAGAUAGAUUGGUUGGUGCAUAUAUGUUUGGAAAGGAUCUCCAACAAAUUGAUUAA